GAUCGAACUUGUUACGAAAUUUUUCUUUUUCUUUUGAGCCACAGUUGGUUCAAUAAUAUAAUCCUUGUGGUUCAAUAAUUAUAUUAUUGGUUUGCGAGAGCAGAUGGAUCGGCGGUCAUCGGCAGAGAGUGAAUUGGGAAGCUUUUGCGUCCAGAUUUCUGAGCUGAACGCAAGAAUUGAGGCACAGAGCAGCAUAGAGUCGAAAAACAGCGCCAAUCUUGCAAAUUCCGCUUCUGCAGCAGAGAUUGGAGCGCCUGAGAAAAAGUUAACCCUUUUUGCACUGAGGCUGGCAGUGUUGGAGAAAGCAGCGACGGGGCUAGGAACGCUCGGCUUCAUCUGGGCAACGGUUGUUCUUCUAGGCGGUUUCGCCAUCACUCUGGGCAGCACUGAUUUUUGGUUCAUAACCAUCAUCUUGUUGAUAGAGGGGGCUAGGAUUUUUAGCAGGAGUCAUGAACUUGAGUGGCAGCACCAGGCUACAUGGUCCAUCACCAACAUUGGGAUCAAUAGUUUUCGCGCAAUCAAAUCCGGGUCUCACUGCAUUGCCAACGCGCUUUGCAGGCCAGUGAGAAAGGCAAGCAGCAGCAAUAAUCAGAGAACAAGGGAAGUAAUGCAAAGCCGGGUUUGGGCAAGUUCAGAGGUUCCUCUGUUUCCCUAUGCUAAAUGGAUGUUUAUUUCCAGAAAUGUUAGCAAGUUUCUUUAUUGGCUCCAAAUUGUAUCUGCCACAGCCUGUUUGGUGCUCUCGUUGUCUCGGUUGAUCGCACAAGACUAUGGCGAAAUAGCCAAGGGAGACACGGAUAGGAGAAACCGGAAAUCCGCUCUCAACAUAUUCUACUCCCUGGCAUUGGCAGAGGCUUUGCUGUUUCUGUUGGAGAAGGCCUACUGGGAAUGGAAAAUCAUGUCCCAGAAGCUACUGGAAGAGGUGAAUAGGGAGUGCGAAUUGGGGCCUUACGGCAUGGCUGCUGUGAGGAGAUUCUUCUAUGAUGCAUAUUCCAAGUGUGUGAAUGGAAGCAUCUUUGAUGGGGUGAAGAUGGACAUGGUUUCAUUUGGCAUGGAACUGCUGGCCUCAAACGCCCGGGAUGAACACCUCACCGGGGCUCGAAUCUUGAGGAAAUUGGCAACGAGCACUCGGUUUUCUGAUGCCACUCUGCAGAAGAUUGGGACAAACAUAUCAGUAAUGGAAAGGGUGGUGGAGAUGUUGAACUGGAAAAACCAGGAGGAUGAAGAGAUAAGGCUAUCUGCAGCUGAAAUCCUAUCAAAACUGGCUGGCAAAAAGCAGAAUGCUCUUCGGGUUGCUGCUAUUCCUGGCGCUAUGGAGUCUAUAUCUUCACUUCUGCAGAUCAACAGGAGCUCUUCUGCAGCAGGUAUCUGUGAUGAAAUCUAUGAAAAGGGCAUGGUUUCUAAGAGUGAACAUUUCAACCAUUUGGGGCUGCUCAUUUUGAAGAAACUCGCCCGUGAUCACGACAACUGUGGAAAGAUUGGCAACAUAGGAGGAGGAGGAGGAGGAGGCCUUCUACCCAAGAUUAUAGACUUCACAAGAGAUGGAGAGAGGUUACUGAAAGGGGAUGGAAUGGCUACACAGACACAGAUUUUGACGCUUACGCGAUCUCUCCAGCUCUUAAAGAUGCUGGCAGGCACCACAGGCAGCGUGGGCAAAGAGCUGAGACAGCAAAUAUCUGAAGUAGUGCUCACCAUCAGCAACAUCAGAGAUAUACUCGAGUAUGGCCAGAAUUUUCCUGCAUUGCAGCACUUGGGGAUAGAUAUCCUGAAAUGUCUGGCCCUUGAGGCGGAUGCAUCGCAGAGGAUUGGAGCCACAGGCGGAGUCCUCAAUCACCUCUUCAACAUUCUUUUUAAAGCAGACACGAACAAAAGGCUUAACCAUGUAAGAAAUGCAGCUGGAGAAGCACUUGCUAUGCUGCUGCUAGGUAGCGAGACCAAUUGCCACCGCGUUUUGAAGUUGAAGGUAACGGGUAGGCUCAUUGAAGCUCUGGAAGAUCCACUUCUGCGCAUAAAUGCAGCAAGGAUCCUAAGGAAUUUGUGUGUCUAUGGUGGAACAAAUUGCUGCUUUGAUCAUCUCAGAAGCCUCGUCCCAGCUGGAGUUACUGUUCUUCAAGGAAUCUGGUCAGAGCAAGAAAAACUGCAGGAAAUGAUGAUUGGACUAGCAGCACAGGUGUUCAAAUUCAUGACUCCUGAGGAAUCAACCAUCAUGCUUCAGAAAGCCGGAAUUCAAGAAUGUGAAGUGGCGGAUAAGCUAGUUCAGAUUCUGGCGAAACACGAGUACCCAUCAGUUAAGGUUCCAAGAAUGAGGAGGUUUGCGAUAGAGUUAGCAAUUUGGAUGAUGAGAGACGACAAAACAAGUAGUGCAGUAGAGGUUUUGAGGAAUCUGGGAAUGGAGAGACGGUUGGAGUGUGUGAUGGAAACCACAUCAGAGCUGGAGAACUUUGAUGUUUUCUCGGGGACGGUUGGGAUGAAUCGAUGCCCUCAAACUAUGCACUCGCUGCUUCAUACUGCGAUCAACUUGCUUGCCCGCAGUUCCAAUUGAAGAUCGACCCAGCCUCAUCAUCGAUGUCCCCCCAAGGGGAAUUUCCCCAAAAUCCUUCAUUCUUUAAUUUACUUCAAUUCAUGUACUACUUAUCAACAAAAUAUACACCUACUUGUCAGGCAUUAUUAAAAAUUACACAUUUCGCCUUUUAAUUUAUACGAUAAUUAUAGAAUUCAUCUUUAAUUGUUGGUCAUCA